AUGUUUUCAAAACUCUCUCGCAAUGGCAUCGGAAUGUACAGAAUGCACUUUAGAUCUGCAGAAAAUGAACGAGCCCUCUAUAAAGCACUUCAGAAACAACCGGAAAAACAACUCGUCAUUAAUGUGAUUGAUACUUCUACGAAUUAUGGAGAUGGCGGAAGUGAACGGUUAAUUGGAAAAGUACUAGAACAUCCACAAAAGGACACAUUGACACGCUCAGAAAUUUACAUAAUGUCAAAGUUUGGCUAUAUUCAAGGGACAAAUAUGGAAUUAUAUCAUCAAGGAGAAUUCAAAACUAUCCCAGAUGAACAGAUCGUGAAAUAUCAUCCAAAUUGUUUUCACUGUAUUCAUCCGGAAUUUAUGAGAGAUCAACUUGAUCGUAGUUUGAGACGAAUAAAGACGAAUCAUUUAAAUCUUUUAUUCAUUCAUAAUCCCGAAUAUUAUCUACUUCAUGAAGUAAAAAAUGGAGCUAGUCGAAAUGUAAUUGAAGCCGCACAAAAUGAACUGCUUCAUCGAAUUAGCGAGACAUUUGAAGCACUGGAAGAGGAAAUUACUAAAGGAAGAAUUUGUGCCUAUGGAAUAAGUUCAAAUAGCUUUUCAGUUAAACGAGAAGAUAAGCAUUUUCUUCCGUAUGAAAAUUUAAUUGAAAGUGCAAAAAAAGCAGCAAAAAAGGUUCGCGGUGUUAACGAUCAUGGAUUUGUGGGAGUUCAACUUCCUGGUAAUCUACUAGAACAAGAAGGAUUAAAAACUACUGCUAAAUGGGCUAAGGAAAAUGGUUUAAAAGUUUUCAUAAAUAGACCAUUGAAUGCAUUUACUGAAGAAACUGGAUACCGAUUGGCAAGUUAUCCAGAACCAAGAUACGAAGAAAGUAAACAGCAAGUUAUUUCCUUUCUCGAGACAAAAAUCAGAGGAGUCGAUAGUCCAUCACGCUACGCAUUCGAUCUAAUCAACCAAUUGGACAGCGAAUUACCAAAAAUACAAUCAGUAUUCAUUUGGGAGCAAUACACUUACACCAUCAAUGCAGCAAUCGAGAAUCUCAAAAUAUCGCCGGAAAUUUAUUCAGCUUUCAUUAAUUUCUUGAAUGCUUUUGAUGCAGAAAUAAGAUUUAAAGAUUCGCAACAAGUGAGAAAAUACUUGAUAAAAGAAUGUGGAUUUAAAGAAUUGGAAAGUGACGAGAAAAAGAAAGUUGAAGAAUUCGCUUUGGAGUUUCUGUUCUCUAGUGGCGUCGUCGAUACUGUAUUGAUGGGAUUAACUAAACAAAUUUAUGUCGAUUUCGUUAGAGAUUUCUUGUCAAAGAAUUGA